AUAAAAAUUGUAACAAUAAGGUCUCAAUUCGUAGAAUAGAAAGUCUUUCUCAGGUUCAGCAAUCUGAUAUUCAUGAUUAUCUUCAAGAAAAUGUUUGGAAAUCAUUUCUUAGACGCUUUUUCGAAAAAAUUGACGAAGAGGCAACAUUUACUACAGAAUUCAAAGAAGCGUGGCAGACAUUUAUGUCGGAAUGUCUUAUAAAAAUGAUUGAAGACGCUGAUGAUCUUGAAGAUAGCGAUGAGAAUCUUGAAGACGGACUUGAAGAUAGCAACAUGAAUUUUGAAAACAGCAAUGAGGAUCUUGAAGACAGCAAUGUUCUUGAAGACAAUAGUGAACUUGAAAACAGCGAUUAUCUUGAAAACAAUAGCGAUGAUCUUGAAGACAGUGGUGAACUUGAUGAUCUUGAUGAUUUAAUCACUAAUGAUAAUCCUCCUUAUCAAAAAAGAACACCUUCCACAUCAAAGUCAACUAAACUUGCCUAUACUAUUUCAAUAAAAGAAUACCUUAAGCAUAUUUUGAACAAUCUACGGCUGAUGACCAAAAUAUAUUUUGGUCGUGGUAUCAAAGUCCAAAAAAGAUCAGAGAUGUGGCAUAGUGAUAUCUGGCAAUGGUCUCCUUUAUAUAAUAAUACAACUAUUAUUAUAAAGAAUGUUGAAUACACUGUAGAGCAAUUCGUAGAGUUUAUAUAUACUAAUAAAAGUAAUCAACGUGAGAGACGUUUUGGAAGAAUAGAAGCUAUUAUUUUACUCUUAUUACUAUCUAACAUUAAUUAUUCAAAUAAUCAAAUGCAAGAUACUCUAAAGAUGUCAAGGCUUUUAAGCUAUGAUGAAUUAGGGAUUUAUUGCAGCAAAGAUAGAAGUUAUCAAGGACACAAAGAACUUUAG